UCUUUCCCACCCGCACCUCGUCGUCUCUACCUACCUAACCUAACAUACCUAAUUGCAGUGCUUUCGACUGCUUGCCAUCGCCUCAUCUCUUCCCUUCUCGCGAUCCCAUCCAUACUUAUUCGAUCGCGGAACCCUGAUCGCCGGCCGAGACAGUAAAUCAGGUUUCCCUGCAAGCAUCUCUAGUCUCACUUCCGUCGCACGAGCGCGCCUGUUAUCCCCAGCCAGCUAUUACCAUUUGCGCCGCCGCAAGUCCUCUCGACAUCACGCCGCAUCAGCCUCGUCACCUCCAGUUGUCCCACGCUGCUCCGGGGUUGACUGGAAAUACAUAGAUCAGCUGCCGGAAAACAAAUCCUGCUGACCGGCACCGUUCGAAAACGCCGCCGAUUACAGACAAUUUGCUUCUUGCGCUACCGUUUUAUAAUGAGCGCGCCUCCGCCGUCCGGCCUACCCAACGGCCAGAACCCGAAUGGUCAGCAAUCCGCGCAGGCUGGUCAGCCUGGACAGCCUCGACCCCCUCCGAUUAAACGACGACCUCGCGGCGAUCCUCUCGUUGCCCGUAAACGACCAGGAGCUCCGCGACCGGCCGCUUCGCGACCCCCGCCGGGAGGGUUGCAGACCGCAUCAGGUGCUCGGCCGUCGCCUGGCGCAUCAGGUCAUCAUGGUCUACAGCGGCCCGAAACCGAAGAAGAUAUUAAGGCCAGGAGAGCCGCAAAUGGCGGUUGGCUGGAUCCUGCCCCUCAGAAUAUGAGAGAGUUCAAAAUCGUGACGACAAAGAAGGCGUUGAGAGACGGCGUUCGCCACCACGUCAUGAAACUUUCCUCUGCCAAAGCAGAUCUCGAAAAGAGGGGUAUCGACCCUACAAACCAAGAGGAAUUCACUCGACCCGUCACUCUUCAACGACGCGAUCCACGACAACCCCCUCCGGGCCGCGAAGUGAAGCAGGAACAAGUCGAGCCGCAGCCAGUCGACGAGAAGGAGGCGGAACGACUGGCACAGCUAAAGGCCGAGCGUGAGGCCGUUCGUGCUGUGGAGCUUGCGAAGAGCGCGCCGAGCCUCAAAGACCCCAAUGCCGACAAAAAGGCAAAGCCGAAGGAAAAGGAGAAAGAUGUCCAGUUCCACCGACAGCCCAGGUCUGAAAAAGAGAAGAAGCAACAGGAGCUGCGAUAUGAGGAGGCGCUUCCUUGGCACCUGGAGGAUGCUGAUGGUAAGAACGUCUGGGUCGGAUCCUACGUUGCUCCCUUGUCGGAGACCACAAUCUGUUUCGUUGCUACUAGAGAUGGCAAGUUUGCUGCCGUUCCCCUGGAGAAAUGGUACAAGUUCACCGCCAAGCCCCAUUUCAACACCAUGAGGCUUGAAGAAGCCGAGGCUCUGAUGAGCAAGAAGACGGAUGUCGGCCGGUGGUACAUGCGAGACAAGCAAAAAAAGAGCGAGCAGGAAGAAUGGGAGGCCACCAGGCAUGCGCUCUAUGGCCCCGCAAGAAUCAAGACGGAGAGCAGUACCUUCAGGGCCGCUUCUCGGGAAGAGAAGUUGGAUCAUGACCAGAUCGACAUGGAGGGCGACGAGUUCCAAGAUGAUGAUGAAAAUCCCGGAUUGGAGCAGGACAACGAUGAGGAAUACAAGGAAGCAAACGACCGCAUUCGUCGCGAUCAGCUUGGCGCCAACCUGUUCGGCGAGGCCGAUGAACGUAGAGUCGAGAAAGAACUGAACGAGUUAAAGAAGGCGGAAGAGGAGCGCCGCAAGGAGGGCAAAAAGACCCAAAAAGCCCUCAUCAAGAGAGAAAAGGAGACCAUUUACCAGUCCGAUUCGAGCGGCUAUGAUCCUUUCGAGUCCUCAUCUAGCGAAGAUGAUUCCGAUGAAGAGAAGCAGAAGGAAGAGAACAAAGACAAGGAGAAGGACGAGGAGAACAAGGACAAAGACAAGGAUGCCGACCCCAAGGACAAAACAGCAUCCGGCGUCUCUUCCAAGGGCAACACGACUCCGUCUGGCCGACAGAAGCACACAGAUGCUCUGAAGAAGGGCAAGUCUUUGAAGCGUCCUGGAUCUCCCAACUUAUCCGAAUCGAGUGGCAACGAGUCGUCGCGAAAGAAGCUGAAGAAGCAUGCCGCGACUUCAGUCCACCAGAGCCGCUCGUCGACGCCUUCGGCUGGCCUGAAGAGCAACUUGGGCAAGGGGGCCAUGAGCGAUGGAGAAGCCACAGGAGGAGAGAUGUCAGACGGCCAGCUCAGAAAGAAGAAGAUCAAGCUCGUUGGCACUGGAUCAAGAGGCACGCCUGUGGGUUCGAGGGCUGGCAGUCCGAUGCCCGCCACCUCUGGUUCUAAACCCGGCUCGCCUCUUCCAGAAGGUUCCCCGGCUCCGCGUGCCGGAUCGCCCAACGGUCCUAUCGAGGCUUGGGAGAUUGUGGACGCUCUGCCUGAGCUGCCUGGUGGCAUUAGCAUCGGCAAUCUCAUGAGGAGGUUUCAAGGCCGUAUUGGUGACGGCCCUGGUCAAAUGGAUCGCAAAGAGUGGAUCAAGCUCGUCAAAGAAAAUUGUGCUUAUGGUCCUGACAAGAUUCUGAGACGCAAGCCAACCUAACCCCUUGGCGAUGAACAAGCUGAACAUACCUUGCGAAGUUGCAUGGUACUAGUGCUCUUCUGCCGAUUGAACAGCGGAGAGAGGUUUGCAUUUGUGGCUGGGCACCUAGUUGUUGACCACAGGAGCCCCAGCUGGAUACCAGCCAAACGUUUGAUGUUGCCAAGCUCUUAGAUUUAAGCUUGGAACCUUCCAAGCAGAUCUCCAAUAAACAUGAGUUGGCCUUAGUCGUC